UCCCCCCAUUCCCCUCCCUGUCUAUAGGCGGAGUGAGGCGGCUCGGCCGGACCCCGCUGCUCAGUGAGUCGGGACCACCAUGCCCGGGCAGCGGCUCUGAUCCUGGCACCCAGCUCUGCCCAUCUCUGCCCAUCUCUGCCCAGCUCUCACCCUCACUGCUCGCCCUAUUGGCCACUAUGGAUUCCCGCCUGAGAUGCUGGAGCCUGGCAGCCCUGCUGUGCCCUCUCCUCCUCCUCCUCCGGGCAGAACCUCAAACUGGAACAGGGACGGAGAACCUUGGCCCAGAGGCGGAUAAUUCCUACAGCCAACCAGCCGCAGGCAUUUCCGAGGGGGUCGUGGCGGGUGUAAAAGCGGUGGAGAGAGAAUUAAAGUCUGGUGGAGAAGACUUUGUAGGUGGGAGAAGUCCUUGGAGUCCAACCACGGCUGGAAAGUCACAGGAGAACCUUUCAACUGAAGCAGAGGGCUUUGCUGGAAGGGCAACAGGUAGCCCAGUGGCCACUACAGACAGCCCUUAUACCCCCCAUCCCAGUGGGCCGGCUACUGGGAACAAUAAGUCAUCAACCUGUGCCGACUGCAGGGGGGAAGACAUUGAUCGGAAGCCGCCGGUGAGGUCCUUGCUGGCACAGAGCAAUGGGGAGGAGGAGGAGGAACCCGUUACCGGAAUGGUUUGGCCCUUUAGCCGGGAAGCUUUGGACUUGGAAAUUAGAAAGAGAUUACUGAAAAGCGGAAUUGUUUCAGCCACAGAAAGCCAAGAGGAUGCUGGGAGUGGAGACCGAGGGCAAGGUCAGCAGGGGGCGUACGAGAGCCCCCCGGGGAAAGACUGGGAUUUGGGGGAGUUUUUGGACAAGACGACUGCCUCUCCCUCCCAGGCAACUGUUACGCCCAGCAAGGGGCUUGUCAAUCCAACGGCCAAAGCCAUCAGCCCCGACUCGGCCGAAAUCGACCAUCUCCUCCAAGUGUCCAGGGAAACCGUUCUCCAGUCUCCUUCAUCUUCAGAUACUGACCCCCACGGCCAAGGCGGCCAAAGACCAGAAAAGGCUCCAGAAUUGGUUCCAGAGGGAGCGACCAAUCCGUUGGCUGCACAGGGAGCUCAGGGGGGCACAGACGUCGCCAUGGUUACUGAUAAAACAGAAAGUCCCGUUGGCCCCAGUGUGGCACCGGUCGGCCAAGACAAGGCCUCGGAGGCCCCCCCAGAUCACGCCGUCGAUGACCUUAUCAACUUUGACUACUACGACCUGUUCAAUAUAGACGGACACGGUGGUCUCGGCCGCUUCCCCGGUUCCUCCGUCCCCGGCGGGGACUCCACCAAGAAGAAACACGACAAGAAGGUUCCGUGGCCAAUGCCGGAACUUUACGACGAUUUUACGCCCUUUGACGAAUCUGAUUUCUACCCAACGACGUCUUUCUACGCGGACGGAGAUGACGAUGGGGGAAUCGAGGACGACGACGAUGACGAUGAUAUCGAGGAUACGGACGACAUAGACGAUGACGAUACUGGGGCGAGGGAUGUGGCCAAUGUGCCCAAAGCCGCCACUCUUACGCCAAAGGUACAGACGGCGAUGGUGGACGAGAAGCCGACGGGAAGGCAACACAAUCCGCAUCAAACCUUUAUCCUGUACGGGGGGGACGGGCACCCCAAGUUCCACCCAGACAGCAGUAAGGAUUUGUCUCAGGCGGGAAUGAACGACAGCGGCGGCACCGGCGGGGAGUGCAGGAAUGGAUACGUGCGGCGCAACAACUCCUGCAGGUCUCUGUGCGACAUCUACCCCACCUACUGCUACAACGGGGGGCAGUGCUACAUUGUGGAGAAUACGGGGGCAUUUUGCAGGUGCAACACACAGGACUACAUUUGGCACAAGGGCAUACGCUGCGAGUCCAUCGUGACGGAUUUCCAGGUGAUGUGCGUGGCGGUUGGCACGGCGGCGCUGGUGGUCCUCCUCCUCUUCAUGAUGACCGUCUUCUUUGCCAAGAAGCUCUACCUGCUUAAAACUGAGAACUACAAACUGAGGAAAAGAAACAGGUACAGGACUCCUUCCGAGCUCCACAACGAUAACUUUUCUCUGUCCACCAUUGCCGAAGGCUCGCACCCAAAUGUAAGGAAACUAUGCGACACUCCAUCUAACCUCUCCCCCCAUGCCCGCGCAUUGGCUUACUAUGAUAACGUUAUUUGUCAGGAGGACCCCAAUGCCCCCCAGAAGGUGCAGGAUCUCCCCAAAGCCUGCCUGAAGGAUGAGGAGCCAUUCAACAUCCAAAAUUCUCUCUCUCCCAAGCACGACAGCGGCAAAGGGGACCCCGAUAUUGCGGACGUUAACUGCGUCCUGAACAACUUGACAUGAGGAAGGACGAAAGCGUUUGUUGGAUAAAAGAAGGUGACUCCGUGUUGUCUUCUCUGACUUAACUUCUCCAGUGCUGAAGGACCUCACGAGAGGACCAAUCACAGUCCGCCUCCAGCACUGACAGUGUUAAUGUAUCAUUUCCAUACCACACCCUCUAAUGUGCCCCCCAAAUCCCUGGCAUGCUUUGGUGUAUUUUGUACAGAGGUUGGCAUAACGCUGGUGCAGAGUCUUGGAGAAGGUGCGCUCUAGCGUACCAACCGUGGGCCAGACUGGAGUUAACCCCAUAUGUCUCCAUUCCAUGAAUGCAUUAAGGUACAGUUGAUAUGAUUAAUAUAGAGGCGUUCGGCUCAUACUGACUAGUUAAGGCAAGAUGCCCCUGGUGAUGUCUCCUACCGGUGGCCAAUAGGGUUGCUCAUGAGUCAGAAUAUUUUAGGUGUCUUUGAAGGCUUUGCUUUAGGGUGGGACCUGAGGAUCUCCAGGUGUUGGUAGUCUUUAACAUUCUAUGGGUGCCCCUACUUUGGGGUCUCAGUCACUCCCCCUGUAUUGCUUGUUUGGUGGUCUCCUGGCCUAGGAGCAAUGCAGAACCUGCAGCAGAUGGAGCAAGUUCACCCUUUCACGCCUUGCUCUGUCUCCUUUGGGUGCUGAGUUCGGCCUACAUCCGGAAUCCACCAAGCACCCUGGAAACAAACAGCACUUGCCCCUGGCACAUCAAGGAACACCCAUGUAGCAGCGGUCCAACCAACCACCCUUGCCCACUCUCGUACCGCUUAGUGCUGUAGAAUGUUUCUCAGUUUAAAGGCAAACUAUACCCUCUAGUCAAGCUUUAAAGAAACUGGGAAUUACACAAAACAGAAAAGCCAUCCUAAAACCAGACUUGAAACAGUUAUUUCUAAAUGUAACAUAAACUCAACCUGCCGCGUUUCAUGCUUUCCCUAGCAGAUAUCUAUAGGGCAAGAGCCAGUGUUGGACUGGAACUCUAGGGGCCCACCAGAAAACCUUGGAGCAUGGGCCCACUCUUUAAAGUAUUAUUCCUUUGCUCAUUUAAUCUCUUUAUUAUUCCUGGUAUCUUUGCUCCUCUUUGAACCUCCACCGGGAGUUUUCCUGGUAUCCCCGAUGGACCAGUCCAACUUCAGCAAAUAGUUAGAAGCACGAGGCCCACUGACA